GAUAAACCAACAAAAUGGCAAAAGUGACAUCAACAUUGAAAAUUUGUGGCGGGCUAUGAAGUGAGUACAAUCUUGCCUUUUUCAUCUCUUAGUUGUUUGGCUAGUAUAGAUUAGUCAAAAGCCACAUCCAUCUACCACCUCUGUUGCAAAACCAGGAUCUGAAAGAGAUCAUCAGGAGGAGCUCCCCAGGCAUUUCAGAUCUCGCACAAACACAAUGGUUACAGGCAAAGGUGCCAAAGGCUUGCUUACUGGGAAAUCCUCCACCCUUGCUUCUACUUCUGCUCCUGCCGUUAAUAAUGGUAAUAAGUCUAACAGUACUGACAAGGCUGAUAAGAAGAAGCCCAUCUCCCGCUCAUCUCGUGCAGGCCUCCAGUUUCCAGUUGGGCGUAUCCACCGCCUGUUGAAAUCUAGAGUGUCUGCAAAUGGGAGAGUGGGGGCAACAGCAGCAGUAUAUUCAGCAGCCAUAUUGGAGUAUCUGACUGCAGAAGUUCUGGAAUUGGCAGGAAAUGCUAGUAAAGAUCUCAAGGUGAAGCGUAUCACUCCAAGGCAUCUUCAACUUGCUAUUCGAGGAGAUGAAGAGCUUGACACUUUGAUCAAGGGUACCAUAGCAGGUGGAGGCGUAAUCCCCCACAUUCACAAGUCGCUUAUUAACAAAUCCACCAAGAAAGAUUAGCUUUUUCUACUGAGGUAGUGAUGAACUUCUCAGCUUAGGGUAUACAGUGGAUGUAUUGCUAAUGUAAAUAACUAGAAAUGGAAUUGGUACAUGUUCAAUGAAGAUUGUGGCAUAUUUAUCCCUUGUUUUGAGAUAUGACGUACUAUGGACCGUGCAGAAAUGUCGCUUGAUUGUACUUAUGUUAGAGACAUGAAAGAAACAAUCUUUUUCCUUGAAUGUACAGAGUCUGUUCAGGUGGUUUAUAUGAAGUAAAUUCAAAAUUA